AUGUUUGUUUUAGCCUUGGCUUUGAGCGAUAUCCUAAUAUCCACCUGCAAUAUGCCUUUUUCGAUCGUUACUUUGCUUCGUGGGGAAUGGAUUUUCGGGUCGCAUUUUUGCCGAUUUCACGGCGUGACCUUUUUCAUGUUUUCAAUGGUUUCACUUCAUACGAUGGGAAUAAUCGCCGUGAGCAGAUAUUAUUGCGUGGUAAAGCCACACAAGUACCCUAUGUUAUUUUCCAAACGAAAAAUUUUGGCCUAUAUUGCCAUUGUGUGGUUUGCAGCAUUGGUUGGAAUAACGCCUCCGCUUCUUUUCGAUGGCUACAGGUUUAAACCAGGCCAAGCAGUUUGCAUGUACGCAUUCGAAACAAACGUUGCUUUUACUGUCUUUGUUGAAUGUGUGUAUAUAGCAACGCCCUUAGCAAUCAUCACAAUCUGCUAUGUCAAAGUAUUCUACACAGUUUCGCGAACAAAUCUUGUCUUCCAGCGAGAAAAUAACCCUGAGCAGCUCCGAGCAAACGUGGAAGAGGUGAAAGUGACCAAAACAUUAGCGGCGGUGAUGGCUGGCUUUGCAUUUUGCUGGAUUCCUAUCUCCAUAAUGGAUUAUAUUACUGCCGUGCGUGGGGAGUCCACACUACCGCGUCAGGCCUAUCUAACAUACGGGUACUUGGGUUAUUUGAGCAGCACCAUUAACCCAUUCAUAUAUGGUGCUACCAACAGGCGCUUUAGGCAAGGGUACAGAGCAGUUUUGGGCAGCCUGCCAAAUUUGUGUGCGAAAUGCUUUCGACCUUCAAACUCGGCUGAAAGAGAAUAGUCGAACCAAUUUGUAUAUCAAAAGACUUUACAAAAAACUUCUGAAAGGUCUCUGAUAAAAAGGUAUUAGUUAAAUUUGGUUUGCCGAGGGGCUUAUAACUUAUGCAAUAAGAAUUACUACUCAAUUCUCUCUGCCUUGGGGGGGAUAACUGUAUGGAGAAGUAAGGGGGUUUACCACCUUCCGCGGAGCUUAACCAAACGCCGGGGAAAUUCUUCUUUUAAGAUGCAAGAAACACAAAGCUUUAUUUAUACAUCACUUAUGACCUUCAAAAGAUAUAACACUUUAAGGUCGUGUACCAACAUAAACAUGAAGCCUAAGUGGUCGUGUAAUAAUACAAUAAUUUAAUAAUACAAGAAUUUAUAUAGCGCCAUUUCCGUGAGCUCAAUUGUGUAACGGCCGGUAUAACCGACUUAUGUAUCUUUAAAACGUAUACAGCAAAAACCCACGUAUAAGAACCUAGAUUUUAUCUAGUUGCCUUAUUUAAUAGGUUCUUAUAGAAAUGGUAUUUAGUGGGAUUUUAGGCUAUUCACGUUCUUAAAUAGGUUCUCAAUUUGAUCGUGGCACUAGCGAUCAGCAUAGAUAACUACUACAGGGCAUAUGUGAUAUGAAAUAUAUCGCUGUAUUAAAUGAUUAUCUAGAAUACAGUUUAGAUGAUAACCAUACAGCAAAUGAAUCUUACUGACUGAAACCUAGACUAAAAUUUUUUUCUGUAUUUUCGUCUGUGCCUUCAUUUUUGUAAAAUAAAAACCUAUUGAAGAUUUAGGCCAAAUAGGUGCUUGUGAAAAGGGGGUUUAAAAUGAAAAUUUUAGCCUAAGACUAUAUAUUUUGUAACUUAAGCUUGUUUUUCUGCUCCUGGUAAUUCUUAUUUAUCCACAUAGUUUAUUUAGUUACUUUAAAAUAUUAUCUGUUAUGACAGCUGUAACCUUUCCUUUCCGCCCGCCUCGUCUAGCUUUUGCUAUUUGCGGACGGAGAUGGCAAAAUGAUGUGUAUGAAAAUAAAGUAUAGUGCGUGUGUUAUAAGUGGUUUUUUUUACUGACAGUGAAUUUCACAAUAACAGCUAAUGAUAUAAUAAUUAUAAUCCCUUAUUGCAUUUCAAAAAGAAGGACACAUAUCAAUAUUAAUAGUGAGAGGGAAAAAACAGUCCUUCGUGAACGCCAUGGCCUAUGUUUAGCGGCCCUCAAACACUAAGCCUACACCAGACCGAGUUCGGCUAAACAUUGUAAACCUAAUGACUGGCUAAACUCCCAAAUUACCUCCCAAUCCUAGGGUCACUAUUUUUAAGAAGCUACCGAGGUUGACACUUCAUUUGUUUUUAAACUGAGUUGCGGGAAAUUAAAAUUUUAUGCCGAUAUCAUUAUUUUGCUCUUGACUAAAAUUUUCAACCAACUGCUCAGACCAAAACUUUCUAUACUCUUUCCCAAUUUUAACAGGCUUGAAAACCAUACUUCACAGCGGCACAUGCCCAUAUAGACCAUUUAUGGCAGUAGCGGCGGUGGAAUUUUUUGUUUCGCUCGACAGGCCAGCUUACUCUCAAUGAAUUAGAAUCCUUCUAAAUUUGACGUGGGUCUAAACGUUAUGACCCAAGUCAAAUUUAGAAGGAUUUGUGUGGAGUCGCUAGAGCAUAACUGGGCUAAUAUCUCAGAGAACAUUUGCCCCACAAUGCUAGUUUUUGGCAAGUUGGCCUCUUGGAUGUAGUUCUUUCAGAAUAUCCUGACAAAUUCCAUAAUUUCCAAAUUUAACAUUUUAUGACAUCACACUUUAGAGCUCUAUUGGACGACAAUAUAAAGAGCGGAGGCAGCUGUACCACUAUGACUAGUUUAACUUUGUACACAUGAUUAAUAACGCUACUUAAAAGAAAGAAAUAUUCAAAAGGAAGAAAAGUGCAGCCCAAAACGAUCUUAUCCUCUCAAAGGUGCGAAGAGUUCAAAACCAAAAAAACAACAACUGAAUCUUAAGAACUUUGUGAUCAACACUGUAAAAAAAAGGUGAAAGUGUACACUAUCUCUUCGUAACUGAUGAGACCUUUACAGCGUGUCACGUAUUAUGAAAAUACUCAUUAUGAAGAUAUUGGAUGCAAAUAGAUAAAUUUCAAGUUUAUAUAAUCCGUAAACCAAUCAGAAAGAACGGAAUGAUCUGCGACGUAAAGGAAGCUGUAAUCAUUUACAUGUUAUAUCAAUUUUGUUCAGAUAAAAAAUUCUCAAUGUCCACAUGCAGUAGAAAAUAUUUCCCAGUAUAUUUAAUACCCUAAUCAAUGGACAGACACUGUUAGCUGAAUUACUUCGAUAUCUCUAUUUCUUUGAGCUAGGGUUUGGAACUGUUUUAUUUUUGACCAGACCUCGGUAAGUAAUAAAUUCAAAUUAACUUGCUUCUUGGCGUAAUUGAGCUACUAAGUUACCUUUUUUUAAUAAAAAAUGAGAAGAACACCUGCGGUAAAGACAACUACUUCUCUCAUUGAACGUAAAAUAAAGCAGAGUUCAAAGCAUUAUUACAAAUUAAGAAUAUCGCAAGCUUUUCCUAAAUUAUUUCAACGAACUGGUAUGGAUCCUCCCCGUAGUGGAAAAAAAGAAAUCACAAUACGGAAGGAAAGGUAUGAGAAGUGAAUGAAACCAAGAGACUGCUUUAAGAGACAAAUAUCAAAUAUAUAACGAAGGGAGAGACAGACUCUUUUAUUUAUCUUCUCGGAUAUAUCUCAACUUUUUGGAGUUAUGUUGGAGUUAUGUUUUGCAACUGUUUAAUUAUUGACUAGACUGUAAAGAAGGAAUUAUCUUCUUUUUUGGUGUUUACGUGAAUAACUACUAACAUUUUUCAUAACUGAGACGAACACCUGCUGUAAAGAAGGCUACUCAGUCCCCCAAACAAAAACAGCAGACUGAAACGCUUUUCAGUGGUACAAAAAAAGAACAUCUUUGCAAGCUUUUCCUGAAUUCUCUCAACGAAUUCGUUAUGGAACAUUUGCUUUCCAGGGAGCUCGUUGUAAGAGCACAGCAUUUAAUUUGGAUUGAAGCAAGUUUCCUUGCUAUCAUCAACAUAACAGCCAUCUCCGGAAAUAUUUCUGUUUGCUACGCAGUUUAUGGAAACCAAAGACUUCGUUCACUUGCCAAUAUGUUUGUUGUAGCGUUAGCUGUCAGCGAUAUUCUAAUAUCGGUCUAUUGUAUGCCUCUUUCAGUGGCCGCUCUCAUUCAAGGCCGAUGGAUUUUCGGGACCAGUGUUUGUCGACUCCAGGGUUUUGCAAUGUUUACGUUUUCAUUGGCCUCUCUAAAUACAAUGGGGGUUAUUGCAGUUAGCCGAUAUUUUUGCGUAGUGAAACCAACGAGGUACAUUGUAUUAUUCCGGAGGCAAAGAAUUGUGAUGUACACUUCGGUAGUAUGGUGUGUGGCUCUGAUUGGUUCAGUGCCUCCGCUAAUUUUUCAGACAGGCGGAUACACUUUCCAACCUGGAAAAGCAAUGUGCAUGUACCCAUUCCAAACUAACAUUGCUUAUACCGUCUUCAUCGAAUGUGUGUUUGUCGCUGCGCCCUUUACACUCAUCACUUUCUGCUACGCCAAAGUGUUCUACACAGUGUCAAGAUCAAAUCGUGUCUUCACGCAAGAAAAUAACCCUGAACAGCUCAGAGCAAACGUCGAAGAAGCAAAAGUGACCAAGACGUUAGCUUUGGUCAUGGUCAGUUUCUCCUUAUGUUGGCUUCCUAUCUGUAUUAUGGAUUACAUCGACGCAGCACGCGGGGAACCCACUUUGCCACGACAGGUAUAUCUUACAUACGGGUUUCUGGCCUACCUAAGUAGUACAAUCAACCCCUUUAUAUAUGGCGCUACCAACAGGCGCUUCAGACGAGAGUACAAAACCAUUUUGAAAAAGAUAAGUUUGAUCUUUACUUGUGGUCGUUGCAGUUGUAGACAGAACCGAACGUCCGAUAAUCCACCAAAAUUAGCGGUGACUGAGCUUUAAAUUAUGUAAAAACAAAAUUAAUGUGGAAAACAAGAUGUCAAUGGUAGACAAGUUCAAAGCCUUUUGCGGUGAUGCAGUGAGACCUGACAAGCUUAAAACGAAGAGUUGACGAAAGUGCGUUGGUAAAAGAAAUGGUUUUACUGACAGUGUAGCAUCACGGACCUGCAUAAAUAGCUCUUUUGCUGGCACGGACCACUGGACUGGAUCCAUUAGGAGGAAUUCUAGUCAAUCUCUUUGUGACAUGUUGCGUUGUUCGUUACAAAUUAUUAUCAGUCAAGUCCAUCGCUUACAUUUAGGGGUAUUUUUUCUUUUUUGCAGCAAUUUCGCUUACUGAACGUGUUUAGCAUAUACACCUCUGUCCCCGAGUUGUCCUCACUGCAGCUGAUUUUAAAAGGUCGAGGGGAGAUGCGCUCCUUUUUUUGAACAAAGUGGUGCCGUAUUUAAUUUCUCUGCAUGUUUUUAUUUUUUGCUGGUUUUAUAACCAAAGGUGCACGAAUUAGCUGAUGGCAAAAUUGCAAAACUACCAAAGGACGUCAAAACCAGUUUUAAAUGGUUUUAAUUUGAUGUCCUUUGGUCAGACCUUCAGGUCCCUAUCCAUCUAUUCUGACGGUUUUCUGUUUUGAAACGCAAGCCCUCAAGCAGCAGAUUACUGGGGAUGUCUCAGUCCUUCUGCGAAAAAAUAAGGCCGUACUCUUUUGCCAUACCCUUCCCAACCCUGAAAGGGUACUCCCUAUAAUGGCUAUACAUUAAGGCUCCAAAAGCAGGAAUUUCAAAUGACGGGGUAUAUGAAACAAAAGGGAAAUCCUCUUUGAGAUAUCUAAAAGGGUUUUUAAUACAAAAUAUUUCGAGGAGAUGCUAUUCUCUCGGACUUUGCAAUAAAACUGUCACGCUUGGUAAUGAAUUUAGCUUGUGCAACCUGUAAUAACAGGCCAUCGCAUUUUGUUAUAAAACAAGUUGUCGCACUCUGUUAUAAACGUUAUUAAACUUUUUAAACUGGAAAAGAAAUGAAGCUCUUGAAUGAUUGAUGUACAAGAAAAAUCAUUUUCGACGUUGUGGUAAGAAUUUCAAUUAGAAUAGAUGGUUUUUCAAAUUCUAAUAUAGCAUCAUUCUUAUAAGAGAGUACGAAGCCUUUGUUGCAUUAGGAAUAAAGUAAAGUUAUUUUUAAGAUUAAGAAUGAUUGCACUAUGUCUUCAUAAAAUGAGACCUUAAAACUAAAAUAUUCAAAAGUACGUUGAGUUUGAUUGUUCGGGUGAACGUAGUCUUGAUUACCACUGUUGUUGUUGACAGUGACUAACGUUUCGACAACCUGUGAGGUAGUUAGGCCUAGAUACAAAUUCACGAAAAAUGGCCUAAAUAUGUUUCCGGAAAUUCCUCAUCUUUUUUCUAAAUAUCAGAAAAAUUUCUAAAUAUCUCAAAAAUAUCUGGCUUCAUUUCAUAUAUAUUACAGUCAAAAAAAAAAAGCCGCUCAUCUAAAAUGGUAACAGAAAUUUCAGCAAAUUUCAGGAAAUUAUAUAUUCCACAUAAAGUCAGCCUUGUUUACAGCACCCCUCGGCCUACAAGAAAACUAGGGCACUGCACUUUAAUACAGGCAGAGAUGGUGAAAGACCAUUAGGUGCUGGAGGUCUAAAGGGUUCUAAAAGGGACACUAAUGUAUAGUUUGCGCGUGGUUCGUCAUCAGCCAUUUUGUUGAACAUUAACCACAUUGCAUAUAUUAUAUAAAUGGAGAAUAUUGUUGAAUCUGAUUACAACAGGCCCAUAUGUGGAGAUUUGUUUGAAUUUCUGUCACUGAAAUGCCCAUGCCCUAAUUAACAUUGAAGUAGCUUCCUAGAAAAAACAUGAUUUCAGUAGUAUUUUUUUCGUAGCAAAAUUCUAAGUAUCACAAUUUUUUCCUAAAUAUCAUGAGAUUUUCUAAAUAUCCCAAAAUCUUCUAAAUAUCUUAAAAAAUAUUCAGACAUUUUUAUCUAGGCAUAGCGGUAGUCAUCUUCAGAGUCAAAAUGAGUUGUAUCACGCCAGUUGAUGGUAUUAUACUCUGGUUACUGACCUGACUGGUCAAUUACGUCGCGAUGUUAUUGGUCGUCUGUCAGUUAAGCCGUGAUGCUGUUGGCUAUGCAAACUCGUAAUGUAAUUGGUGCGCUUCGAUCCGUCUAUUGUUAUUCAAAUUGUCAGUUGUCCAGUUCUUCUCUCGUAGUAAGUUUUGCUUGAUUUUGUCAAUAAGUCGUUUUUACGGUGCCGGUAACUGUUGACUACGAUUCAGUGGCGUUUAUUUUAAAAUAUUAAACCAGCUUUCUAAAGUGAGUCGGUUGACAGCAGUUUGUAGAAUACGUAAUACAUGUCGCAGAGUCCCAGUCGAUUUGAAGUUUCUUCUGUAAUGUGAUUGUUGACGUCACCAUUUCUCUUCGCUCGUUUGUUUUCGCUCAGCCGCGUGCUAAGGUUUCUGUCGGUUUCACCAAUGUAAGUAGCCUGGCAGUCACAGCAUUUGAUAUUGUAUACUGAUCUACUGUCUUUGUCCUUGACAUUAGUAAGUAGUCCACGUAAAGUGGUUAUCAGUUUGUGUGCAAUACGGAUAUUGUAACGUUGGAGUAUACGUGCGAUGGUUUCAGAGGUGCCUCUGAUGUACGGUAUAGUCGCUGUCGUAACAGGGCAAGAGUUGACGUUGGUCUGAGCGUUGGACUACGUUAACCAGGACCAUGAAACUCAACCUUAACUUUUGAAAUGACUCAUGGGUUCAAACCUUUCACAGUUUUAUAAAAAUACUCUUUAAGAAGAUAUUGGAUGCAAAUGAAUUAAUUCAAAUAAACCCAUAAACCAAUCACAAACAAGGAACUGUCUGCGAAGUGAAUGAAGCUUACCCGACUACUUAAGUGACCACUAUCGAAUUGUCCCGUGCAUUGGAAAACAUUAGCGACCUUAAAACGUCGCUGAAAAAGUGAAUUCGCGUUCUUUCAAUCUUCUUGGCGAUUACUGCAAGUCACUAACUUUGUCAAAUGUAGGUGAACCCUAAUAAAAGUUGAAUUCCUAAGAACCAUAUCCAAGUUCAAAAAGAGAGAGGAAAUUUCGUCGUCGCUUAAUUGUGUACUUCCGCUGUAAAAAGUGAAAAGAGGCAUUUUCAGGUCGUAGUCGUGCAGUGACGGAAAAGAAAUGUACAAAAAAGCGUGAUGCACGUGCAAAAUUGUUGUUUUGGUUAUUAAACCUAUUGCUUUUUUUGACGUUCUUGUUGCCGUCGCCGUCGUCGGAUCUUAAGCGCCCUAGUUUACCCCUAAAUGACGGAGAGGCAGACACUCUUGGCUACUAGGAUAUCUCUUCUUUUUGGGCCAGCUGUUUAAGUCUUGGUUAGCUGUAAACAAUGAAUUCAAAUUAACUUCAAACUUGGUGUUGAUAUAAAUAACUAAUGAUCUGACAUUUUUCAUUAAUGACACGAACACCUGAUCCAGUAUAGAAGGCUACUUCCCUUAAACGUUGAAAACAGUAGAGUUCAAAUUAUUACAAAGAUCUUCCCAAGAUUUCGCUGCAUACUUUCAACGAAUUCGUUUGAAUCAGCCCCGUAUUAUGGAUCAUCCGCAUUCCAGCGAGCUCGUGAAAAGAGCAUAGCAUCUAGUUUGGAUUGAAGCAAUUUUCCUUGCUAUCGUCAAUAUAAUGGCCAUCUCCGGAAACAUUUCUGUUUGCUACGCCGUGUAUAGAAACCAGAGACUUCGUUCGCUUGCCAAUAUGUUUAUUGUAGCGCUAGCUGUCAGUGAUUUACUAAUAUCUGUCAGCUGUAUGCCUCUGUCAGUUGCUACUCUCGUUCAAAGCCGAUGGGUAUUCGGGACUACUGUUUGUCAACUGCAGGGUUUUGCAAUUUUUAUGUUUACAAUGUCUUCUCUAAAUACUAUGGGGAUUAUUGCAAUCAGCCGAUAUUUUUGCGUAGUGAAACCAACGAGGUACAUUGUUUUAUUCAGAAAACAAAGAAUUGUGUUGUACACUGCGGCAGUAUGGUGUAUGGCUCUCAUUGGUUCAGUGCCUCCGCUAAUUUUUCAGACAGGCGGAUACACUUUCCAUCCAGGAAAAGCAAUGUGCAUGUACCCAUUCCAAACUAACAUUGCUUAUACCGUCUCCAUCGAAUGUGUGUUUAUCGCUACGCCCUUUACACUCAUCACUUUCUGCUACGCCAAAGUGUUCUACACAGUGUCAAGAUCAAAUCGUGUUUUCACGCAAGAAAAUAACUCUGAACAGCUCAGAGCAAACGUCGAAGAAGCCAAAGUGACCAAGACGUUAGCUUUGGUCAUGGCCAGUUUCUCCUUAUGUUGGCUUCCUAUCUGUAUUAUGGAUUACAUCGACGCAGCACGCGGAGAGCCCACUUUGCCACGACAG